UCCAAAGCUUAGUGUUACCAUGGUAACGUCAGAGCAGCAGGUGGAGAGGAGACGAGACCGACUGCAAGAGGUGUGUGGAUUGUUGUUGUUUCCAGCUGGUGGCGCAGUGCGAGGACGAGGAGCUGAUGGACAUCGUUCUUCCUCGUUUGACCAAAGUCUUGAGUCUGUGGGAGCUGCUGUUGGCAAAGGUGGAGCGCGGUGGUCCUGCUCGGACUCGGUUUCCAGACAUUUACCGAGAGUACGAGUCUCUGCAGGUUCAUGUGAAACAGGCCGCUCAGGAUUAUAUCAUCAGUCCACAAGGAGGAGCCACUUCACUUGAGGUCAGGAACAUUGAGGUUGCCAGGUCUCUCGGGAUCCUGGAUGAGGUGAACAAGAUGAGGAUGGUUCCUGGGGCAUCUCCCUGUCCCAGUCUGACCAGUAAGAAUGUUCGAUACAUCGAGAAUUCUAAGAUGUUACCGCCGUCGAAGAGAUUCAAGAUGGAGAACAGUGUUUCAGUUCACCAGAACGGAAUAGAGACGCUCAAAACAGGUGGAAAAACAGUGACCCCUGUGACCCCCGUCACCUCCUCUCAGGACUCCAGCUUGGUCUCUGUGCCUCCUCUGGGGAUUCCAGAUGGAACCAAACUCUUGACCACCAGUGCUGACCUCAGUGCUUCUGGCUCCACCUCUGCUAAGACACCCGCAACCAAGGCUCCCCCCACUGACACACCCAUGGAGGUGACUCCAGGAGACCAGGGGGAGGGGCCUCUGCCAGUGGGCCAGGACCAGGCCCUGAGUACAUCUGCCAUCGCAGCCCAGAUGAAGGAGCUGGAGGAAGCUCUGGGCUCGAGUCCCGAAACUGAGACAAAACCUCUGAAGUCCGACUCUGUCCAGACACCUGGUUCUACCUUGAUUCAGGCAACCGGGUCUGCAACAAUCCAGACUCUUGAGUCCAGCACAGUCCAGAUACAGGCCUCCUCUCAGCUACAGCAGGGGGACUUGUUUCAGUCCAGCACCACAGAGGCAUUUGAAGCCAAAGAACUGAAAGAGGGACAGGAGAUCUACAUUGAGACGGAGGGGCUAACAGUCCAACUUGCAGAACCCGCAUCAGACCAGAUCGUCAUUGUCAAUGGGCCAGAUGGGACCACUAUGCAUAUCCAGACUCAAGAAGGGGUCCCCCUGGAGGCGGUCCAGGCCCUGCUGGGAAUCGAGGCAUCAGACGGAACUAAACCCUGAAGAGAAUCUAGACUGAUCUGAGCACAGUCUAGAUUGUUAAGGCGGUAUUUGUAAGGUCGUAUGAGCUUGUAAGUGCUGCAGCUGAGGGUCACAGGAGUGUGGUGCCCCCCCUUCAGGACAACAUGGACAUUGUCAUACUGGGUAUAAUGAACAGCUGUUUGCGGUUCCAGGUGUUGCACCUGAGAUGAACUGAUCAGGAUCACACCUGAAUCAGUUCUUGUCAGAUGACACGUUCUCUCUUUCUCUGAUCAGAGGCAGAGCAACGCCGGUUCUGACUGAUCAAACUUUAGUUAUGGAAUCAUUUCAUGUACUAGAAGAGAACUCUAUAAAUACAGACCAUUGACCAUUUAUUUGUGAUGGAGUUGAUGAAACUGUGGCAUGACCCCUCUGAGCUGCCAUACUCCUCUCCGUUCUUUCAGUUCACACCUUUGAUGAUGUCAUCGUUGCUCGACAGAAGGUUGCUUGUUUUUAGAAAUGAAUUGAUUGUAAAUUUGUUAACUUUUGUUUUCUGUGUUUGGUUGAUGUAAAAUAGAAAACGGUUGUUUAUAUGUAGAUAAAUAUAAAAAAGUUUUAAAAAGUUGCACUAUUUUAUUACUUUUUAUAACUUCACAAACAUUUUCAAUCUUUAACUCAAAGUUAGAUGGACAAAAACCAGUUUGCAGGAAAUCAAACUAUUAAUUUGUCACAUUGAUCAUUAAACUUGUUUCUUGUUCCUCCAACAAA